AUGACACUGGGCUAUGCCCCAAACUGCCCUGUGUCCACAGCUCCUGAGGCCCCUGAGGAGGAGGUGCUGCCCGCUGCCCCGCGCCCAGACAGCCCCCUAGCCCGGCCCGCCGCCCCGCGCCCAGACGGCCCCCUAGCCCGGCCUGCCGCCCCCUCGGAUCUGCCGUCUCCCACCUCCUCUGUGGGUUCUGCAGGUAGUCUGGCCUGUUCGUCUCUCUGGGAGUUCCAGAAGGUCACAGCCACCCGGGUGCAGCUCUCCGGCAGCUCUUCCUCCCCGUCCAGCAUGGAGGCGAAGGUGACCCCAGGCGCAGACUCCAGCGGGUCUGCAGAGCACUUGGCUCUGGACUCUCAGGAGCGUGGCUGGCCUUUGUCCUGUGGUCCCCACCAGGACCACGCUCCUCCAGGUGCCACUCCUGGGGACAAGGGACAGGUGGCCGGGCAGAGGGCAGAGGCCAGGGGAGCCGGGUCCCUGUGUGGCUCCAGUGGGGAAGCCGCCGUGGCGGAAGGCCCGGGGCUCGAGGGCCGCUUCCUCCAGGAAGGCUGGCCCCCGCUCCCCGCAGAGGCCCCGUCCCCAGGGUUGGGGUCGGAGCUGUCGGAGGCCUCCAGCAGGAUCUGGGAUGAGGACAGCGAGGAGACGCCAGCAGAACCUGGGGCUGGGUGGGUGUGCGGAAGCCCCCGGCCCACAGCUGAGUCCCCCAGCCUCGAGAACAGGGCGGAGCCCGACGUGGCUGGCUCCUCCCCAGGCCCUGGGGGAGGACAGGAAGCUUCCGGAACCAGCAGGUGCCUACCUAGCGGGUCACCUAUGGAGAAAGCCAAGCAGGCAACCCAUGAGGCUCAAACCCCUGCCACCAGGGACUCAGAGCCACCACCGGCCUGUCCCCCGGGGCCCGCCCCAGGGCAGGGGGUGGGGGGCCACAGAGCAGAGGCCACCGCUCCCCAGGCCCCCCUCGGCCACCGCCAGGGGUUCACAGGUGCCGAUGGGAAUCUGCCCACUCAGAGGACGCCUGGACAGGCCCUGCCUGAGCCCCCGGUCCCCACAUCUCUACCGGCUCCUCCUGAGGGCGCCCCAACGAUUGGGAGCCCGGGCCCGGGGCGGGGGGACAGGGGCACCCCCCUCGUCCUGGAGAAAGCUCGUCCCCAGGGUGCCGGCGGCGUCUUGACUGAGCUGCUCUCUCCUGUGGACGAGGAGCUGUCCUACGGCAGCGGGGACCUCCCGUCCUCUGUCCACGGGGACGCCACCCGCCCCCGCCACCUCCGGGCCCCGGCGGCCGCGGCCUCCCCUCCCCCCCGGAGGGAGGACGCCGACAGCGCCACCGAGGGCCUGUCCUCCCUGUCCCAGGAGGCUCCGGACGAGGCCCCCACCUUGGUGCCCCAGGAGGCGGGGCUCCGCCUGGGGGCAUCUGGGCAAGACGGAAGCCUGGGUGGUAAGCGGAGUGGAUCUGCCCACAGCCAGCCGUCUGAACCCAUGGACUGGCCAGUGCCCCCUUGGAGGGCGGAUACCGGCAGCCCCCCUGAGGGGGCCCCAGGGCCACGGGCAGAGUCCCCGGCUGCACUCCGGGCGGCCGGCGCCUGCGGGGAGGGUGUGACGGGACCACCGGCGGCUAAGCCUCCGCGGGAGCCCCCGCCGCCCGCGCUGGACUUGGGGCUCUACGCUGCUACGGCCCUGGAUGGGGCCCUGGGAAAUCUGGGCAGGUUCCAGAAAGGGGUACAACGUUUUGAGGGGGCUGAGGGCCAGCAAGGGCCAGGGAACCUCUUAGACAGAAGGGCAGCUGCUUGCCCCCCCUGGCCCGCCCGCGAGGAGGACGAGGGAGGCCUGGGCCGCCGGGCGGAGGCCCAGCCGGGGCUCCAGGGUUCCCCGGGCAGAGCUGCAGGUGCCGGCCCAGCCUCGGGCCCCUGCACCGAGGUCCAGGGCGCGGAGGCGGCCGGGGUGGUGGACCGGGUCUCCUCCCAGCUCGGCAGGAGGGUCCUGCGUGUCUCCCUGGCCGUGCUCUCGGGGCGAAACCCUCAGGACCGUGCCUAG